AGGGAGCAGAAGCGGAAGUUUAGAAGUGAGGAAGCAGCAGCAGGAAGUAUCUGCACCGCAAACCGUGACAGUAAAGUUUGUGUCCUGUGAAAAAUGGCUAAAAACACGGACUCGGCCCGCUUCAGGAAAGUGGACGUCGACGAGUACGACGAGAACAAGUUUGUGGACGAAGAGGAGGGAGGUGAGAACCAGAGCGGUCCGGACGAGGCUGAAGUGGACUCUCUGCUCAGACAGGGGAACAUGAACGCCGCUCUCCUCGCCGUGCUCAAGAAUCCCCCCAUCAACACUAAGAACCAGAACACCAAGGAGCGGGCGGAGCUGCUGGUGGUGCGGGUGCUGAGCAGCUUUAAGAGCGGUGACAUUGAGAAGGCUGUUGGCUCUCUGGACAAAGCCGGAGUGGAUCUGCUAAUGAAGUACAUCUACAGAGGCUUCGAGAAACCUUCUGACAACAGCAGCGCCGUGCUCCUGCAGUGGCAUGAAAAGGCUCUUGCAGUGGGAGGAGUGGGAUCUAUAGUCCGAGUCCUGACUGCCAGGAAGACUGUGUGAUGGUAUCAAAGUCCACCUGGUACCAGAUGUUAGACCGACACUCGAUCAUGGGAGCUGAGCGCAAGGACUGUUCUUCUUCUUCUGUU